GUUGGAGUGUCUGUAUCCUGGCUUCAUUCACUGCAUCUCCUACACGUGCUAGUUGAUGUCGUGCGGGACACGAUGGGUGGCGGGCCUAGCAGCGGUGUCAGUUUGACUCGACCACGGUCAGCAAGACACCCGAACGCAGUGCUGCAACCCUCAGCAGUAUUAGCCAAUAGCAGAGAGGAUGUUCUCCCAGGAAGUCUCUGCCUGUUGCACACCUGUUUGCUGGAUGACUGGAUACAGAUUGAUGCAGGUCUGCAUGGCUUCAGGGAGAAGGUUCUGCGCUGCUACGGCAUGCUGUACAAGGACUGCAGCACUGCCUACUGCAGCAACCGGCACGGCGUGCUCAGCAACAGCCCGCUGUCGGCGCACAUGCGCCGCAAGUCGCGCACGUUCGGCUUCAAGCCGCACAGCCGGCUGAGCGACCACUUUGAGUACAACCACAUUCCCGCGCAGCUGCAGACGAUCCAGCGCAUAUACGUGCGCGGCGUCAUCGCCGUGCAGGGCGACCUCGUCGUCAUGGACUUGCUGCGCACGAGCAAGGCAAACCGCUUCAGCUGGACGCUGUUCGGCCUGCUCGACCUCAAGCGCAACAAGUUCCUCGGCACGUUCGGCGAGCAGUCGUUUGAGGUUCUCAAGGAGCUGCUCUACUGCCAGGUGAGCCCCGACAAGUCAAAGUGUCUCGUCGUCAUCCCGGACAAGACGCCGGGCGAGGCAGCGCGCGGCGACCUCGAGUUCUUCCUGCGCGUCUACGAGACACAGACACUGCAGGAGCUCUCCUGCAUCCGGCUGAGCAAGAACUACUUCAAGACGCAGUUCGUCUUCAGCCCCUGCUUCCGCUGCGAGCGGCUCGCCAUCACGAACAUCGUCUCGCCGGGGCCGUACUCGCCGAGCGUCAGCCUCGUCGAGAACAUCCUCGACCCGAGCGUGAUGCGCACGGUGAGCAUCCUCGACGAGGUGGGCCGCGCGUCCGUCGCCCACAUCGUGCAGCCGUUCAUCUCGCACCUGCUCUACACGAAGGACGGCAGCGUGCUGCUCGCGUCGCUCAACGACGGCCGCUGCACGGGGCACGCGCGUGCCAGCCGACGCAACCGCUACUCGUUCGCGCAGAUCUUCGUGCUGUGCGCGGAGUCGCUGUGCAUCCUCAGCGUCGUCGACUACACGCACAGCACGUGCGCGCUGCACCAGUGCAGCAUCAACUACACGCCUGUCUACUCGCAGUGCGGCAGUCGCAUGGCCGUCAUCAGCUAUAGGCAGCGCUACGCGCAGCAGGACGAUCCGAGCCACGAGCAGGUUCGAGUCUAUCAGCUGCCCGUGCGCAGGACACUGCAGAACUUCUGCAGGGUGAAAAUCCUGCACCACGUUCCGCUUGAGAAGGUGUACUUGCUGCCACUUCCAGUCCGACUGUUGGACUAUCUUCGCUUUGAAGCAGAAUAUCUGUGAGGUUCCAGAGAGAAGAGAUGAGAGAGAGAGAGAGAAAGAGAGAGAGAGCAGAUUUUGUAAUGCAGUGAAAACUUUACAUCUAGUGCAUACAGCCUCGUCUACUCGUUUCUUAUACAAAACUACGUCAUGUGCAGUUUAGUCAGUAAAAUCUGUUGCAACUUAGUUAGUUUCAAUGAUAACUUUUCUCUAGUUAGAUUUGGUGUUUGUUGAGUUUACUUGCUUGAUGAGUUAAGAUCAUUAUAUGCCAUUAUUUUUUACAUGCAUAUAUAUUUUUUAUUUGAUACAUUUCCUUGUCAGUAAAAUAAAGUUUUACUUAAUUGUUAUUAUUUAACAAUGCAGAGGGAAUUACAUUGAAAUAAUUAUUAUAUUUUAUAGUUAUACCGACUACGCUCCAUCAGACUCACUGUGCACUGCACCAGCUGACAAGUGCAUGGCUUUGUAUAUUGUAUAGAACUAGCAGGUCACAUAUUAUAGUGCGAGGAGUAACAUUAGAAUGUUGUGUCAAAGAUGUAUAGGUGCAAGAAAAUUCUCACUGUGUUAAUUGUUGGCUUCUCAUUUCAAUGAGGGUCAGAUUCGUCAUGUUGGUCGUGGUGACAUCCCAAUAACCUGUUAUUGAUAACAAUACUGAAUGGCCAACAGUAGGACUGUAAUGUUUAGGGAUUAGUACUCACCACUGUAAUGCACCAUAGGGCGCAUGUGUGCCAUACUAAUUUACAUCUUAGGUUACCGGUGUUCCAUGCUGGUGCAUCCUAGGUGCAAUGUGUGAUAUUCUGGUGCAUCCUAGUUUACCCGUAUGCCAUGCUAGUGCAUCCUAGGUGCAAUGUAUUCUAUGCAUGUGCAUCCUAGUUUACCUGUGUUCCAUGCUGCUGCAUUCUAGGUUACCUGUGUGCCAUGUUGGUGCAUCUUAGGAUACCUGUGUUCCAUCCUGGUGCAUCCUAGAUGAAAUGUAUGCUAUAAUGGUGCAUCCUAGGUUACCGGUUUUUUGUUCUGGUGCAUUCUAGUUUACCGGUGUUCCAUGCUGGUGCAUUCUUGUUUACUUGUGUGCCAUGCUGGUGCAUCUUAGGUUACCGGUGUUCCAUGCUGGUGCAUCCUAGGUUACCGGUGUUCCAUGCUGGUACAUCCUAGGUGCAAUGUGUGAUAUUCUGGUGCAUCCUAGUUUACCCGUAUGCCAUGCUGGUGCAUUCUAGGUUGCCUGUGUACCUUGUUUAUGCAUUCAAAGGGUGUCUGUGUGAAAUUUUAGGCAUUUGUAAUGUAGAAACUAUAUCCCCCUUUAAUUUGCUUCCACAUAUAUUUUACUGCAUCAGGGAAUUUUGAACCCACUGCAACUGCUUUGCUAGAGCGCAAGUGCUUUGACUAAUAUAGGCCAGCACUUGUGCAUUCAUGGCUGUGGCAUUCAUAUUUUGUAUAGUGUGUGGGUUCACUUAUGCUAUUUGUAUUUAUUUAGAACAUAGUUGAUAGGUCGGUUUAUGAUAAGUGCUCAACAUUUAACGCAGUGUGCUCAGCAAUGAAGAGCAGGAGCUAUUGUUAUGAUCGUAAAAUAUUACUAAACCAAUGAUUGAAAAUCAGUCAUUUCAUUUCCUCCCAUGUGUGUUGGAAUAUAUUCAACAACGUAUUAGCAAUUAUGUGCUUUUGAUAUGCAUCUUCCCACGAAUGCUGAGUGAUAGCAUUCUCCAAUGGCGAAGCACACUCAUCAAUUUUAUGAUAUCAUGACAUACCAUCAUUUUCUAUCCCUUUCCACCCAGCCCACCCACCCACCUACCCACUAGCAUGCCUAGAUGACUGUGCAUAUUGUAUACGUCUUGUUGAUCUGUAGCGCAGUGAAAUGGUCAGUAGUACCACCUGAUCACGGGGCCUGUUAGUCAUGCCCUUCUCCACACAUAGUAAUGUUAUGCUAUUUAAAUGACUGUGACGAACCAUGUACUUUCCCUCCAAUACGUGUAUUUCGAUGUGCCUAGAAAUGAAUAUGUGUACAGUCAGUCAGUCCUUCACCUAAUAAGCAUUAAAGUAGUGUUUGUUAGCUCAUCUGACAUAGUCAGAUGCAGCUUGUAGAAUCGUAUGAGCGUG